CUUAGCAAAGCCGAUUAGGGAGAAAGAAUUGUCACUGAAAUCGCGUCCGGCAGAAAGAGCAACUGUCUUCGGAACCAAGUCUCCUUUGAGCCUCCUUCCACUUGCAUUAAAAUCAUAAACAGAUAUUGAGAAGUUGUAGUGAGGCUGAAGAAUGCUCGGUUAUUGGUGGAAAGUGGCUCUAUAUGUCGUUUUAUUCAAUUACGUUAUAUUGACGAAUUCAGUUGUGUUAAAGACAGCAACAGAUGAGAGUAGACUGCACAAAGGCUCCAGAAGUCUUUCUCCUCGUAACAUUCAAUCUUCAGUGACUGUGAGUGACAAGCAAACGAAAGAUUUGAUUUACAGACAAAAACGAUCCUUUUUAUUUCCGAAUGGUGUUAAACUAUGCCCAGAGGAAACAAUCUCACAAGCCAUUGGCAACUAUCUCAAAUAUUAUAAGCUGAGAGUGUGCCAGGAGGCUGUAUGGGAAGCAUUCAAAACAUUCUGGGACAGGCUACCUGCGCGCCAUGAACAUGAAGCCUGGAUGAAUGUGUGUGAUCAAGGAUUCAUAAAUAUUUUUGACAUUGGUGUAAAUUUCAGCCAAUCAGAGGAACACCAAACCCUGAUGAAGGAGAAAUUAUCCCUGCAGGCAGAAACAGUGAGCAGUUCUAGUAAUGAAGACUUGUGCAUUCUGGAGACUACCACAAUCAUGAAUGCAACUUCAACGGAAAACUCCACACAUGAAGCGCCAGAUGCUGAUGAAGUUUCUGUUGAUAACACGAUGAUCAGAGCUAAAGAAAGUGAGAUCACUACCUCCAGUGAUAUUGAACAAGGUACAAAGAAGCUACCAAAUCAGGUUUUGGAAUUUGUCGUUCAGCUUGUUGGGGAGAACUACACUAAAGAACUUUCUGACCCAGCUACAAUAGAUUAUCAGAAAUUAGCUGAUGAUGUAAAUACCAAGAUGGAGAAUGUUUUUGGAAAAUUCCCAGGAUAUCAGACAAUUAAUAUCUUGGAGUUCAGGGAAUAUCCAAAUUCAGACAGCAGUAGUAGUGUGGUGGUCCACUACACUGUAACAUUUGAUGGAAAUACACAAGCUUUACAGAACAAAACACUUAAUUUAGUUGAUGUAAACCGCAAAAACAUAGAAGAUGAUCUUUCCUUUGAAAUGGAACAUCAACUGACAGCUGCCCACACAGUAAUUGAUUUCAAGAGUCUAGUAGUUGAGUCCUUGCAUAAGGGAAAUCUACUUGGGAAUGCAUCACUGACUUUUAAUCCAGAGACUCUUCAGCUCUUGAAUGAACAAUCAACCAGUCUUGCACUUGGAGGCAUCACGUCUGACCUGGAAAGCCAAGAAACUGAAUUUACAGACAAGGAGGAUGUAUCAGAAGAUUCCAUGUCAAGUACUGAAGAACUAUUACAGUCACGUUCAACAGUUACCCAUUUGCAGUCUGAUCAAACAACUGGCAAAAGAAUGUCAGAAGCUGCAAACACUCCUGUUAUAUUAAGCAACCAAAUAAAUCCCAUGGAACAGCAAAGUGUUUCUCAUGAAAAUGUGCCAACUAGCACAAUGAAUGUACCAUUUGCACUGUCUAUUACAGAUCUGAGCCCUCUGAUUGAUAUUGAACUGAAAGAAACCUCUGAUUUGUCUAUGAUACAAACCACUGCAUCAGAUGCAUUGUUUGACAGUGGUACAUUUUCCAAUUACGAGUCUGGGACAGGAACAGAGCAAGAGUUUUUUUGGUCCUCGGCUACGGCAGUCCUUCACAACAAACCAGAUAAUGGAUCACUGGUCAGCAAUUCCAUUCAAUUCACAAAUACGCCAAUCUUCGAUGACAUUACUGUAGAUUAUCUGACAAAUGUACCAAGUGUAACUAUAGGGGAUUUGACUGAUGAACUUUCUGAGAUUCUUGUCAAUACAAUCAUCUCUAAUGAAAUAGAUGUUCCUUUGUUAAAUGAAACAGCUUCACAUAGUGAUAUUGGCGUUGAAAUCAAACCUCACAUUGCAGAGACAGUAAGUGAAAAAGCCCCUGUUGAACAGUUGCCAGAUAAUGAAUUAGAAUUAACAAUACAAACAUCUGAACCUACAGAUGUCUUUAAUUACUAUUCCAAUGACUCAACCUUAAGGGCUCAACCCUUUGCAGAACAUGCAACAACACUGGAAUCAAUUGAAGAGUCCUUUGUUGUGGUGCUGCCAGUCACUGAACUAUCCACCAAAGGUCAAGCAAUAAUGGGUGCCUUUGUCACAGAGCAUCUAGAAACAAAAUCAUCUACCAGAGGAAUUCCAGCAACUUCUUUCAUUGAGGAACAGUUCACAACUGGAUCAUUUGCCAAGGGGCACAUAUUAACAGAAUUGGACUCUGCACAGCAAGAAAUGUUAGAAUCAGCCAACACGGUGCACACAGUAACAAAAUCUCUCCCCACAGAAGAUAUGGUAAUAGAGCAACCCACAGUGGGUCAGUUGACCCAAGACUCCAUAAGACAGUCUUCCAACACGCAGCAAGUGAUGACAGAAUCAUUGACUAUGGCAGCCAUCUCUACCAUGCUACAAUCAAUUACACAAUCAACCUCAGAGAUGCAGCCCUUUGUAGGUACAUUCUCCAUUAGCCAACGAAGCUUGGAUCCUUCAAAUGGAGUCCAAUCAAAUACAGAACUGUCCAAUGAUUUACAACCUUUUCCCACAACGUUAGCUUCACCAGACGCUGAAAUCUCCAAUGUUAUUGUUGCUGAAUUGAAUAACUCUAUGCUACCUAAUGCUGCUACUUCCACUGUGAUAGAACCUACUGCUCAAUCAAAUAUAGUAGUCCAAGGCUUUGGUGAAUCAAUUUCAGAGCACAAUGUUAACAAAUCAUCAGUCACUGUUCAAGCAUACAGUAAAUCUAGUAAUAGAAUUAAUUCUGAUGAUGAAUCCAUUAAGAGAAUACAUACGACAAUGUUUCCGGAAGUACAAUCUGCCAGUAAGACAUCUACAGCAGUGAAUGUGAUGACAGAGUACUUCCCAGUAGGCCACCAUGAUUCAGCCGUUGAGGAGCACAAUGAAAUUCAACCUCCUCAAGAAGUAGCUAAGGAUAAGCUCGAAUGGUCUGAGGUUCAAGAUAUCUCCACUGAGCUGGAUCCCUCAUACAUCCUCCAGCAUCAUGAAGAAUCAGAUAAUGAAGAAAUGGCUAGCAUCUACUUAGAAUUGCCAGUUGCUGUUCCAACAACAAGAGCCACAGCAAGAGAAAGUCACAGAUCUCAGCAGGCACUAAUAGUCUUCUUCAGCCUACGUGUGACGAACAUGAUUUUUUCAGAUGACUUAUUCAAUAAAAGUUCACAUGAAUACAAAGCACUAGAACAGCAAUUCUUGGAAUUACUUGUUCCAUACCUUCAGUCUAAUCUGACUGAUUUCAAGCACCUUGAAAUCCUAAACUUCAGAAAUGGCAGCAUUAUUGUUAACAGCCGGAUGAAGUUCGCAAAGCCUGUUCCACGGAAUGUUACCAAUGCAGUUUACCUAAUCCUGGAUGAUUUCUGCAACACAGCAUACCAGACUAUGAACCUUGCCAUUGAUAGAUUUUCUCUGGAUGUUGAAUCAGGUAAUGGGGCUGACCCAUGCAAGUUUCAAGCCUGCAAUGAAUAUUCUGAAUGCUUGGUGAACCACUGGACAGGAGAGUCUGAAUGUGUCUGUAAUGCUGGGUAUACAAGUGUGGAUGACUUACCCUGUCAAAGUAUUUGUGAUGUGGACACUGACUUCUGUCUUAAUGAUGGCAAAUGUGAUAUAAUUCCAGGCCAAGGAGCAAUCUGUAGGUGUCGUGUGGGUGAGAAUUGGUGGUACAGAGGAGAGCAUUGUGAGGAGUAUGUCUCUGAAACUCUUGUAGUGGCUAUUGCCUUUGCUUCAGUGGCUGGCUUCCUUUUGGUAGCUUCUGCUGUGAUUUUCUGCAUAGCCAGAACUCUCCGUGCUCAGUAUGCCAAAGGUGUCCCUCAAGAAUCUACAGAACAAAGUAAUAGCCUGGAAUCAGUGGAAAAUGGGACAAAAUAUAAUCCUAUGUAUGAAAGCGAUGCCACAACUAGCUACAGUCACUACAAUAAACGUUAUCCACAGCUAGCCUCAUACAGAUCAGGCAGUGCAGAGGCAUCUGCCAACUUCAGCAGUGAUGAGAUCCGACACAUCUAUGAGCACAGUGAACUUAGCAAAGAGGAAAUUCAAGAUAGACUACGGAUAAUAGAUCUCUACGCUAAAGAUCGGCAGUUCGCAGACUUUAUGCGACAACAUCAGAUAGGUAGAGAUAAUACCAAAACAAAUCCUACAAAUUAAUAUUUCAGAAGAAGUAGAAGACAACCCUAAAAUGGUUGUUUAAUUCUUCUAUCAAUCGUACCAUUAACAAGCGAGAGACAAACAUGAGCGUUCGGGCACUUAGGUGUCCAUUCUUACUAUGGUAACAGGAAUAACAGUGAAGCUUUGAAUCAAUUUGUCAUGCAGUUCUGUCAUUUUAUUAACUUUCCAAAUUAAUCAAGUGGUGCAACAGAAAUGUAUUACAUUUUCAUCAGCUGCAUGGGAAAUGGAGGCUGAAUGUAAGGAAAUAAUCAUUUUACUGAUAUUUAGAGGCAACAGGAUUCCAUGUGUGGUUUAGGUAUUCAAGUUGCGGGGCGGGAAGAAUUUGUAAAGUAUUAAAUUAAGUAGACUUGAAACAAGAUUCUGAAUGGUUAGGCUGAACUGUAGGAACAGUAAUUCUAGUUUUACUCAUUGGACAGUGGUCAGAAAUGGGAACCUCCUUGACCACUCCAGAGCUUAGGGCCAUGAAAGCUAACUCCACCCUGAGACCAGUUAACUUGAUUUAAAGUGUGAUCAACCCUAGGAUCUUUUGGGCUUGACAAUGUCAAAGUCUGAGGUUUAGAGGGAUAAUCAAAUUUGAAGUCCUUCCAUUAACAAUGAGCAUGCCAUUUUGGAUACUUUUUUUUAUUGUGUUGAGCAGCAGGAAAAGUACUUCUAAAUUUGAGAAAAUAUGAAGUUUCAGAAAGUUACUGUAUGUAAUAGAAUUUUCUUUCACUCCUGUAGUUUUAGUACUGAUCUAAGUUUAAUAACCAAUAACUAUGUAAGAUGCUUUAUACAUUUUGAUAAUGUAACUUAAUAUCUGUGGCUAUUAUAUGUAGUUAUAAAGUACUUGCAUUGUAUGACAUUUAUAAUUCAUUUUGUGCACACAUCUUGAAUAUACACUAUUCUAACUGUUUAUUUUUUAAUAAAAGUUAAUCAUGGGCAAACUAGGAUAAAC